GUGGUAGGCUGGAAGUGAUACGAGUUUUAUAAAGAUCAUUUUCCUAUUUUUUCGGAAAAUAAUUAAAUAAAUAAUAAUUAGUGAUUGGAUUUUGAACAUUACUCGAUUUAAUCGACCGACGCGCAAGCAAACGAAACUAGAAUCUAGUCAAUUUAAUAAUUCAUUUAAAGAUGAAAUAAAUUAUAAAUAGUAACUAUCCGUCUAAUUUAACACUUGUACUUAUAAUUUCUUGUUAAUUUUAUUGUUAUUUUGUAAGCACAAUGCAGAUUUUAAAAGCGAGAUUCGCUCUAAGAGCCUCCGCUACACAGUUUCAAGCAUGGAGUGCCUCGCGUCACAGGACGGCCACCACAGAUACAAAAAAUGUAGAGUACAAACCGAUCAGAAGCGUCCUGGUGGCGAACAGGGGGGAGAUAGCCAUCCGUGUGUUCAGAGCUUGUACAGAACUGGGGAUCCGAUCAGUGGCUAUUUAUAGUGAGCAGGAUAAGCUGCAAAUGCACAGGCAAAAAGCAGACGAAUCAUACCUAGUGGGUAAAGGUCUGCCACCAGUGGAAGCUUACCUCAGUAUCCCGGAGAUUAUCCGGGUCGCGAAGGAAAACGACGUCGAUGCUGUUCAUCCAGGAUAUGGGUUGCUGUCUGAAAGGUCAGAUUUCGCACAAGCUAUACUCAACGCUGGGCUACGAUUCAUCGGGCCCUCUCCAAAAGUUGUUCAGCAGAUGGGAGAUAAAGUAGCCGCUAGACAGGCCGCUAUUGAAGCUAAGGUCCCAAUUGUCCCCGGUACUGAUGGUCCCAUUACAACUAAGGAGGAAGCGCUCGAAUUCUGCAAACAACAUGGAUUACCUGUUAUUUUUAAGGCUGCAUAUGGAGGGGGUGGUCGCGGAAUGCGGGUAGUUCGCGAAAUGAGCGAAGUCGCGUCGUCAUUUGAACGCGCGUCGUCUGAGGCGCUGGGCGCGUUUGGGAACGGAUCCAUGUUCAUAGAGCGGUUUAUUGAACGGCCUAGACAUAUUGAAGUGCAAUUGUUGGGUGACAAGGCUGGCAAUGUGGUACAUCUGUACGAAAGAGAUUGUUCGGUGCAAAGACGGCACCAAAAGGUUGUGGAAAUUGCGCCUGCGCCUGGAUUGGACCCAGAGAUACGUCAACGCAUGGUAGACUGUGCUACCCACUUGGCUCGCCACGUGGGCUACGAAAACGCGGGAACUGUCGAGUUCUUGUUGGACGAUAAAGGCAAUUUCUACUUUAUUGAAGUGAACGCAAGAUUACAAGUAGAGCACACAAUAACAGAAGAAGUGACUGGUAUCGAUCUGGUACAAUCGCAGAUCCGUAUAGCGGAAGGCAUGACCCUACCAGAGCUAGGGCUGACACAAGACCAAAUUAGGGCUGAUGGAUACGCGAUACAGUGCAGGGUUACCACUGAAGAUCCGGCUAAUAACUUCCAACCUAGCACUGGCAGGAUUGAAGUUUUCAGAUCCGGUGAAGGUAUGGGUAUCCGUCUAGACUCCGCUUCGACGUACGCCGGUGCUAUCAUUUCUCCAUACUAUGAUUCGCUACUCGUUAAGGUUAUUUCACACGCACAAGAUUUAGCAUCAUCAGCGGCGAAAAUGAACAGAGCGUUGCGCGAAUUCCGUAUCCGUGGUGUUAAAACCAAUAUACCGUUCUUGCUUAAUGUAUUGGAGAAUCAGAAGUUCCUUAAUGGUGCUGUAGACACAUACUUCAUCGACGAAAACCCACAGUUAUUCAUGUUCAAAGCCUCCCAAAACAGAGCUCAAAAGAUUCUCAACUACCUCGGCUACGUACUUGUUAACGGACCGGCCACGCCCUUAGCAACUGAUAUACCGCCAUCUAGCGUCAAACCGUAUAUACCCCCGGUACCUUUGGACCUUUCACCAGAGGCCAUUAAAGCGCAGGAAAUGACUGGUGAGAAUACAGUGGUGAAACCGCCAAAGGGUUUCAAGCAAAUCCUCCAAGAGGGUGGUCCAGAGGCAUUCGCUAAAGCAGUCCGAAACAACAAAGGGCUAUUACUAAUGGACACGACAUUCCGUGACGCUCAUCAGUCGUUACUUGCUACUCGUGUGCGUACACACGAUCUGUUGGCUGUGUCUCCAUAUGUUGCGCAUAACUUUAGCAACUUAUAUGCUUUGGAAAACUGGGGAGGAGCUACUUUUGAUGUUGCCUUAAGGUUCCUCCACGAAUGUCCUUGGGAGCGUCUCGAAGACAUGCGGCGUCUGAUCCCCAAUAUCCCGUUCCAGAUGUUGUUGCGAGGCGCUAAUGCUGUUGGAUACACUAAUUACCCUGAUAACGUGGUCUUCAAGUUCUGUGAUAUGGCUGUAAAAUCUGGUAUGGACAUAUUCCGAGUGUUCGAUUCCCUGAACUAUCUACCCAACUUGAUACUCGGUAUGGAAGCCGCAGGCAAAGCCGGGGGAGUGGUAGAAGCGGCCAUUUCCUAUACUGGAGAUGUGUCCAACCCUGAAAAAACUAAAUACGACUUGAAGUACUAUGUGAAUCUCGCUGACGAACUGGUUAAAGCUGGUACUCAUGUGCUGGGUAUUAAGGAUAUGGCUGGAUUGUUGAAACCACAGGCUGCCAAGCUUUUAAUCGGUGCAAUCCGUGACCGGCAUCCCGACAUCCCGAUCCACGUGCACACACACGACACAGCAGGUGCCGGUGUGGCGGCCAUGUUGGCGUGUGCUGAAGCUGGGGCUGAUGCUGUGGACGUGGCCGUGGACUCCAUGUCGGGGCUCACCAGCCAGCCCAGCAUGGGGGCCCUAGUUGCCUCCCUGCAGACCACUAAGUUGGAUACUGGAAUCCCCCUUCAAACGGUAUCCGAGUAUUCCGCAUACUGGGAACAAGCCCGUACCCUCUAUGGCCCAUUCGAAUGCACAGCCACUAUGAAGUCUGGCAACGCAGAUGUGUAUAUAAACGAGAUCCCCGGAGGACAGUACACUAAUCUGCAGUUCCAGGCCUUUUCUUUGGGUCUGGGAAGCCAGUUUGAGGAGGUUAAGAAGGCUUAUAGGGAAGCCAAUCUCCUCCUGGGUGACAUAAUCAAAGUGACUCCAUCAUCCAAGGUAGUAGGAGAUUUGGCGCAAUUCAUGGUGCAAAAUAAACUAACUGCUGAGGAGAUUCACGCUAGAGCAGAAGAAUUGUCCUUCCCGAAGUCUGUGGUGGAAUUCUUCCAGGGGGCUAUUGGUAUACCGUAUGGUGGUUUCCCUGAACCUUUGAGGUCUAAAAUCCUAAAGGAUAUGCCAAGAAUAGAGGGUCGUCCCGGACAAGAACUACCGCCUUUGGACUUCGACAAACUGAAGAAGGACAUCCAAGAAACAUAUCCUGAUGUAAACGACCAAGACGUAAUGUCGGCGGCCAUGUACCCGCAAGUUGCGAACGAUUACUUCCGUAUCCGCGACAAGUACGGGCCCGUCAAACAUCUGGAUACUAAGACCUUCCUUGUUGGACCUACGGUCGGCGAUACGAUAGAAGUUAAAAUCGAGCGUGGAAAGACACUAGACAUAAGGACGGUCGCAGUUUCUGAGGAAAUGACCGCCGCGGGAGAGAGGGAAGUGUUCUUCGAGCUCAAUGGUCAAUUGCGAUCUGUGUUUAUUAGAGAUGAGAAGGCUAGCCAGGACAUGAAAAUCCAUCCUAAAGCUGUGAAAGGUGACAAGAGUCAAGUUGGAGCGCCUAUGCCUGGAACAGUUCUAACAAUCAAAGUGAAAGAAGGCGACAAAGUAGACAAAGGCCAGCCGAUCGCAGUCUUAUCAGCCAUGAAAAUGGAGAUGAUUGUACAAGCUCCUCAAGCCGGUACAGUGAAAACCGUCGCCAUUACUAACGGACAGAAGUUGGAGGGAGAUGACCUUAUCUGUACCAUUGAGGAAUAAAUCAACUGUAAAAUUUGACGUUUAUCUAUGACUAUAGAUAAUCUGUGGUUGAAGACAUCUGUCAAAUUUGACGUUUGUCUAUGCCACAGCCAUAGAUUAUCUGUGGUUCGAUGAACGGCUUUAGUUUUAGUGUAUGUCGUGAUUUGAAAUGAAAGGAAUAUGUAUGUAAAUGUUUUAUUUUAAGGACUAUCAUGUUGUAUGCAAAUUAUUUAGAUAAAAUUUAAUGAAAUUAUGAAUCUGUCAAUUUUAUUAUAAUAAUAGAAUAAAAAAAAUCAAAAUUAUAUAGAGAUAGACCGUCAUAAUCAUCUCAAGGCUGUCUUUGUUUGUUUUUGUUGUUUAUAAGAUGUGCAAUACCGCGGGAUAUUUUUGUUAUAAUAUUUAAUAGAUGUAGGCACAAAAUGUACUCUUUUCUAUUCAGCUUUAUAUGCUUAUACUAUGAUUUUUAAUAUUUAUUGUGUAUUUCAUUGUUGCGGGCUUCCUUUGUUAUUUAAAGUUAACUUUAUGUUAUUUACUUAAUAUUUUAAAGCAUGAUUGUAUUUUAUGGAAUGAUGAGGGUAGGUUGACACACAUUGGAAAUUUUAUAAUGUGAUAAAAAACUAUGUAACAGUCGUGCGACUUAAUCGACAUAGUACAAAAAUAUAAAUUUGUUAUAAGUUUAAUUUUAUUUAGAUGUUUAAUUAUAAUAAAAAUAUGAUUUUGCCAUAAAUAGUAGAGAUGUAAUGUCAUUCCACAAUUUCAUAAAGACAAUUGAAAAAUCACAAGGAAAGUCUGAUGUUGCCAGUUUUUUGUUAUUUUUAUAUCGUCAAACGAUUAGAUAUGUAAUGGUGCUCACUGUUAUGAUUUUUAUUUGUUAAUUUUGCAAUUUAUUUGAGAAUAAAUGUGUAUU